CGAAAAAAAUUAUAAAAAUUCUUAAGGAACAAGGAUAAUUUAAAGAAAAAGAAAAAUUAACUUCGACUAAUAAUAAUUAUGGCGAUUUAUUGGAUAUUGUCGGAGCUAAUUUAUAUUUUGAUUUUUAUCAUUAUUGGAAUAUAUUUGUAUUACAAAUUUUAUAUUUGUAACUAUUGGAGUAAAAGAGGUAUACCUUUCGAGAAACCAAAGUAUUUCAUUGAAAAAAUUCUCGAUAUUGUUUGCAAUAGAAAAACAUUCGGUGAAAUCUUUGCUGAAAUGUACUUCGAGUACAAAAAGUUUCCCUAUGUCGGUAUAUUCAUGGCGCACAGUCCAAAUCUCUUGAUCAAUGAUCCAGAAUUGAUACGUUUCGUAUUGGUGGAAGAAUUUUCAAAUUUUCAAGAUCGCGGAUUAUAUAUCAACGAAAAUGAUGAUCCGCUUACAGGAAAUUUGUUUCUUUUGACUGGAAAAAAAUGGAGAACUAUGCGUACAAAUUUUGCGACUAGUUUUUCGAACGCAAAACUCAAAAAUUGUAUGUUUGAAAUUUUUCUAGACAAAGGAUACGUUAUGGAAGAAGUUCUAGCAGAUAAAGCCAAAAAUAAAAGUGAAAUUAAUGUAAAGGAUAUUGGUAGUUGUUUUUUCAUAGACCUCAUAAUGGCGGUAGCCUAUGGGAUAGAAAGCAAUUGUCUGGAAGAUUCAAAAUCUGAAUUUGCACAGUGGGGUAGAACGAUGUUUAAAUCGAAACCUUUUAGAACUACUUUGUUGUUAUUUAUCCCUAAAUUAUUCGAUAUACUUCCAAUAAAAUAUAACCAUAAAAAUGUGACCAAACUUUUUUUAAAAACUUUUAAAGCCACCAUAGAAUAUCGAAAAAUGAAUAACAUUGUUAAAAACGAUCUCUUAAAUUUGAUAAUGCAAAUGAUGGAUGACGGAUAUGUCGAAUAUGAUAGAGAAAGAUCCGAUGAACAGAAAGAAAUAAAAAAAUUGACCGUAUUAGAAGGGGCAGCACAUUUUUUCGGUUAUAUUAUAGGUGGUUAUGAGUCUCCAUCAACUACGAUUUCUUUCUGUCUUUAUGAGUUAGCCUUGAAUCAAGAAAUUCAACAUAAAGCAAGGAAAGAGAUCGAUACGAUCAUAGAGAAACACAAUGGCAUUACUUACGAUGCUAUUAACGAAAUGUCUUAUCUUCAAAUGGUUAUAUUAGAAACAUUGAGGAAAUAUCCAACAUUGCCAGUUAUGAGUCGUGUUUGUAAUAAGGAUAUCCAAUUAGCAAAUUAUAAUGUCGUCGUACCCAAAGGUACUAAGAUAUUAAUUCCUACACUUGGAAUACAAAGGAAUCCUGAAUAUUAUCCGGAACCAGAUAAAUUUAUUCCGGAACGAUUUUCAGAAGAAGAAAUUCGUUCAAGACAUAAAUAUAUUUAUUUACCAUUUGGGGAGGGACCAAGAAUAUGUCCUGGUUUACGAUAUGGAAUAGUGGCAUUGAAAGUGGCCCUUGUAAAUGCGUUGAGAAAGUAUGAAUAUUCCCCAGGAACGAAUACUCCAACUAAAAUCUCAUAUGUAAAAGGAAGUUUCACUUUAGGUCCAGAAAAUGGCAUGUAUUUACAAAUUCAACUGAGAAAGUAGUCAGGUAACUUUAUCAUUUAUAAAUUAAAAAAACGAAUUAAAAUAUAUUCAUUUUCUCUUCUGCUUUUUGAUAGGACUGCGUCCCAUUUUAUACUUCCAUUCAAUUCUGAAAAUAAUUAUUUUAUAUUAACAUUUACCAUAACCUCUUUUAGAAGGGAAGGGGAAAAAUAAAACAUUUAAAAUGAAA